AGAAGAAGAAGAAUCUGCUCUUUUUACUGUGGCACUUUUUUGUCAUGGCAGCUACCAGCUGGGAAGACUCCGUCAAAAGUCUGAAAGGUGUGAUUUUAGACAUGUGCGGCGUGUUAUAUGAUGCCGGAGAAGACGGCGGCACACCAAUUCCAGGCUCCGUAGAAGCGGUGAAAAGGCUAAAGGCCUCGGACCUGCAGGUGCGUUUCUGUACCAACGAGACCCAGGCCACACGGGAGGUGUUUGUAGCCAAGCUGCAGAGGAUGGGCUUUGAUAUCUGUGUGUCUGAGGUGUUCUCUCCAGCCCCGGCUGCCGUGGCUGUCCUGAAGGAGAGGGGGUUACGACCCCACUUGCUGGUCUAUGAUGGUGUUGUCCCUGAGUUUGACAGUGUUGAAAAGGCCAACCCAAACUGUGUUGUCAUAGGAGACGCAGCAGAGAAGUUCUCCUACCAGAACCUCAACGAUGCCUUCAGAGUUCUCAUAGGGCUGGAGAAACCAGUACUGUUCUCUCUGGGCAGAGGGAAGUACUACAAAGAGGAUGAAGGCCUGAACCUGGAUGUUGGGGUUUACAUGAAGGCAUUGGAGUAUGCCUGUGAUGUAGAAGCUGAGGUCAUCGGGAAGCCAGACCCCAUGUUCUUUCAGAAAGUUCUAGAUGACAUGGGGGUUCAGUCACACCAGACUCUGAUGAUUGGUGACGAUCUGGUGAAUGAUGUGGGCGGGGCCCAACACUGUGGAAUGAAGGGGGUCCAAGUGAGGACAGGAAAAUACAGGCCCAGUGAUGAGAAGCACCCCACAGUAACAGCUGAUGGCUAUGUGGACAACCUUGCGGAGGCUGUGGAAACCAUCCUGAAGCUCCGGGGCCAGUGAGGAGAGGACCAGAAAGAACCACCUUCACCACCACAAUACACCACACACACACAGUGAUUACUCUAGUACGAUCUGACAACAGGGAGAAACCCACUAACAUAGAGAGCCAUGGAGAGAUAGAGCCAUGUUGGAGACAAGAUGGAGGAACACAGUAUUGGAGGAGAUAGAGCCAUGUUGGAGCCAAGAUGGAGGAGAUAUAACUUAAUAACCUCAUGGUCAGAGGGCAGCUAGUUAGGUAAGUUAAUAACCUCUUGGUCAGGGGGCAGCUAGUUAGGUAAGUUAAUAACCUCAUGGUCAGAGGGCAGCUAGUUAGGUAAGUUAAUAACCUCAUGGUCAGAGGGUAACUAGUUAGGUAAGUUAAUAACCUCAUGGUCAGAGGGCAGCUAGUUAGGUAAGUUAAUAACCUCAUGGUCAGAGGGCAACUAGUUAGGUAAGUUAAUAACCUCAUGGUCAGAGGGCAGCUAGUUAGGUAAGUUAAUAACCUCAUGUUUACCUGAAGGUGCCUAAAGCCAGUAGCCUCUUUACACACUGAGGAUGGACUGGGUCUAGUGGACUGGAUGGAGAUGGACUGGGUCUAGUGGACUGGAUGGAGAUGGACUGGGUCUAGUGGACUGGGUCUAGUAUUGGGCUGUGUCCAUGUGAUAGUACUGUGGAGAUGGACUGGGUCUAGUAGUGGGCUGUGUCCAUGUGAUAGUACUGUGGAGAUGGACUGGGUCUAGUGGACUGGAUGGAGAUGGACUGGGUCUAGUGGACUGGAUGGAGAUGGACUGGGUCUAGUGGACUGGGUCUAGUAGUGGGCUGUGUCCAUGUGAUAGUACUGUGGAGAUGGACUGGGUCUAGUAGUGGGCUGUGUCCAUGUGAUAGUACUGUGGAGAUGGACUGGGUCUAGUGGACUGGAUGGAGAUGGACUGGGUCUAGUGGACUGGAUGGAGAUGGACUGGAUCUAGUGGACUGGGUCUAGUAGUGGGCUGUGUCCAUGUGAUAGUACUGUGGAGAUGGACUGGGUCUAGUAGUGGGCUGUGUCCAUGUGAUAGUACUGUGGAGAUGGACUGGGUCUAGUAGUGGGCUGUGUCCAUGUGAUAGUACUGUGGAUUUAGCUGACUAAGUUAAUGUUUUGGAUAAAAAAAAAUAUAUACUUAUUUUCCACCAUAAUUUACAAAUAAAUUCAUUUAAAAUCCUA